AGGAGGAGGAGGAAGAGGAAGGCUCCCCUCAGUCACAGUGCUGCCGCUGUAUGUACUGCUCUGCUCUCUCUCCCGCCCCCGCCUCCUCCUCUCUCCCCCCGCCCUCUCUCCCCGGCUCCAGCUCCCCCUCCCCGGCCGGCGGUGACUCCCAGGCUCGGGCGGAGAGAGGCCGCCUGAUAUCAGCGCAUACAGGCCGGAGCCAGGCACACGGAGACCGGCAGAGGAGCCGCAGAGCGGGCGGCAGGGAAGCAGCAGCACGGGAGCAGGGCAUGAACCGCGAGGGUGCUGCCGGGAAAACUCCGGAGGAGAUGUACGUCCAGCAGAAGGUGCGGGUGCUGCUUAUGCUCCGGAAGAUGGGUUCCAACCUGACGCCCAGCGAGGAGGCGUUCCUGCGGUCGUACGCCGGAGUGGUGAAUAGCCAGCUCAGCCAGCUGCCCCAGCACGCCAUCGAUCAGGGCGCGGAGGACGUUGUUAUGGCGUUCUCUAGAUCAGAGGCAGAAGAUAGACGGCAGUAACCGCACAGCAGCCAUUGCCAAAACCUAGAGCACAGGAUGGGGGAGAGAGACCGUGGCGUUUCGGGCUACAGGCAGCGGAAGAUCCUUUCUCCUACUCUCCCUACGUUUUUACAACCUCCCCACGUUUCUUAAAAUAAUUUGUGGCACCCCUUCUUCGUACCCAGACUCUCCCUGCUGGCUGCCGAGUUCUGCUUCCGUUACCCGCACAAGAGAGGUGACCCAUACAGCAAGGCCUCAUGGGAAGUAGCUCGGCUGACCCCGAGGAGAGUGGACACCUUCUGCCGGUGUUUGAGCCGCUGCCGGCAGAAACCUUUUAGCUUUGUGAUUUCAUUUGAUGAUUAUUAUUUUUGUAACAUUUUAUUCUUCAUUCACUGUCGCGCCCGUUCCUGGGAUGAGACAUUUGCCGACACUCCCUACUAACACUGCUGCAGAGAGCGGCGAAACGCGGAGUCUGAUUGGGAUGGCUGCUUCUGAGGUCUGUGCUCUCCCUCGGAUCUUCUUAUACUGACUUUUAGGUUCAUUUUGUAAUUGCAAUAUUUGUUUUUUGUUUUGUGUUUUUUUUUUUUUUUUUUUAUGCCGGCGCUUUGGCAGAUACAACACUGUGUUUCUGACUUGAAAGAAGUGAGCCUUUUGUAGUAUUUAUUACAGUGUGGGGGAAUGA